AUGGUCACUUCCUAUGUUCCAUUGCAAUGGCUAGACAUUCACUUGGGGUAUUGCUCGCCAAGGACGCACCAACUUGUACAUAUGCAAGAUGACAGCCGAAGAAAUGUAGAAAAGUAUAGCUUCAACCAAAGUGACACACGUGCUAUGCCUACUGUUUCAAACAUCCUCGUUGAUGCCAAGUCACACGAACAAAUCCAAAUAACUACUUUUCUGUUAAUACUCACCGGUUGUGCUCCAUCACUGGCAUCCCUUCUUGAGAAGAUUGAAAAAAUUGUAUUUCCUAUGGAGCAUGCCUAUGGCAUAACCAAAGCCAAUGGACGUGCAAUGGUGUGCGAGUGGAAGAGGGAAAACGAGUUGCCUAGGGAGGCACAGGUGAAGCUCAAAGCUACGCAAGAAAUCAGUGUAUUGACAGUAGUGGAUGCAGAUGUAAAGGACCUAAAGACAAUGUAA